AUGGUUGCGAGAGUAGCUGGUGUGUUUGACGAAAAGCUCACAGAAGCCAUUGCGAAUUCUAAAAUCUUAGUAGUCGGUGCCGGUGGUAUAGGUUGUGAGAUAUUAAAGAAUCUCGUUUUGACAGGAUUCCCUCAGAUUGAAAUCAUCGACCUUGAUACAAUCGACGUAAGCAAUCUAAAUAGACAAUUUUUGUUUCACAAGGAGCAUGUGGGGAAAUCGAAGGCACAAGUGGCUAAAGACAGUGCACUCAGUUUCAAUCCCAACGUAAAUAUAGUUGCACAUCAUGACAGUGUUAUAAGUAAUGACUAUGGAGUGAGUUAUUUCAAGCAGUUCAAUAUUGUCCUGAAUGCUUUGGAUAACCGUGUCGCAAGAAAUCAUGUCAAUAGAAUGUGUCUUGCUGCUAAUGUUCCUCUUAUUGAGACAGGAACAGCCGGUUACGCUGGACAGGUGGAGCUCAUAAAGAAAGGUGUGACACAGUGUUAUGAAUGCCAACCGAAGGCACCUCAAAAAUCCUUCCCAGGUUGCACUAUAAGGAACACUCCAUCUGAACCAAUUCAUUGCAUUGUAUGGGCUAAACAUCUUUUCAAUCAACUGUUUGGUGAAGAGGAUCCCGACCAGGAUGUAAGUCCUGAUACAGCAGACCCUGAGGCUGCUGGGGAUGCAGGGUCAACGGCCCUAACAUCGGAGACCAGUUCGGGAAAUGUUGAGAGGAAAAGCACUAGAGCAUGGGCUGCGGAAACCAAUUACGACCCAGAAAAGUUAUUUGCUAAGUUGUUUGGUGAUGAUAUAAGAUACUUAUUGUCGAUGGAGAAUCUAUGGAAGAAACGUAGGCCGCCCACACCUUUAUCCUGGGAUAGCUUACCGGGGAAAGAUAAUAUAGAAAUACAACAUUCAGGUUUACCAGAUCAAAGAGUGUGGUCUGUGUAUGAAUGUGCUCAGGUAUUUGCUGCUAGUUGCAAAGCUCUUCAAACAGAUCUUAAAAGUCGUCCCGAAGGUGAUCAUCUGGUUUGGGACAAAGAUGAGAAGAGUGCUAUGGACUUUGUCACCGCCUGUGCUAAUAUAAGAUCACAUAUAUUCAAUAUUCCACUGAAAUCACGAUUUGAAAUUAAAUCAAUGGCUGGUAACAUAAUACCAGCAAUAGCCACAGCCAAUGCGAUCGUGGCGGGUUUGGCAGUAUUACGCGCUCAGGCGUUACUAAAAGGAGAGAUUGAAGCUUGUACCAGUGUUUAUUUAAGACCUAAAGUCAACCACCGCGGACAACUAUUUGUACCCGAAAAAACUUUAACACCACCAAAUCCUAAAUGUUAUGUGUGCUCUCCAAAACCGGAAGUAGCUUUAGCAUGUAAUCUCAAACAUCUUACACUUAAAGACCUCAAUACGGCCUUCAAAGAAGGUCUUAACAUGCAAGCUCCAGACGCUACAGUGGAAGGCAAAGGUCUUGUGGUGCUCUCAUCUGAACCGGGCGAAACUGAUCAUAACAACGAAAAGACUUUAGAAGAAAUCGGUCUAAACGACGGAUGUGCCUUACUGGUUGACGAUUUCCUGCAAAACUACGAAGUACGAGUGCGUUUACAGCAAGAAGACGAAGAAAAAACAUGGCGUUUAGUGACAGACGCAGAUUCGCCAAUGCUCGGACCGAAAGAGGAAAAAACCGCCAAUGGUUCGAGCGGUUCCGAACCGAAACCCGGUCCGUCACGCUCCAAGGAAGACAGCGAUAGUGACAUGGAAAUAAUUGAGGAAGACGACGACGGCGAACCGAAACCGAAACCACCAAAACGUCGGAGAACCGAAAUGACAGACGAAGUAGUCGAACUAUGCUAG